AUGUACGGCGGACCCUCCUCCAAACUCGGCCGUGCUGGCCCUAAACGCCUCCGUUCGUCUUUCCCCCCUCUGCCGUCUCACCGUCCGCCUUCCUCCGCCAACUCUAAUCGCUCCCUCGGUGGCUCUGUCCAGAAAACGCCACCAACGGCGGAGGAGACUUCCAGCCUUGUAUCCGGAAGCAAUCCCCUCCCUUUCUCUAUGAUCGUAAAGCUGACGCCAGAGCUAGUGGAAGAGGUCAAGCGCGUGGAGGCUCAGGGUGGCAUUGCAAGAAUGAAAUAUGACCCCAACCCUAACAAUUCCAAUGGAAAUAUUAUUGACGUUGGUGGGAAGGAGUUCAGAUUUACAUGGUCAAGGGACGGUGAUCUAUGUGAUAUUUAUGAACAGUGCCAAAGUGGCGUAGAUGGAAACGGUUUGCUUGUUGAAUCUGGGUGUGCAUGGCGCAAAGUGAGUGUACAGCGUAUCUUGGACGAGUCCGCUAAGAAUCACGUCAAAAUGCGGUCAAAGGAAGCCGAACGCAAGCUCAAGUCACGCAAAGCCAUUGUCUUGGAGCCUGGGAACCUGUCUACAAUGAACCAGAUAAAGCCAUUGGCAGCAGUUGGGGCUACAUCAGGAAAGAAUUACAACACAAAGAAAGACACUGCACUUAAGAAAAGGAAAGUGGAAACUCUUCAAGUUGGAGGCCCCCCAAAAGCCUCCCGUAUAUCUGGAUUGAUGUCAAUAAGUACUAUUGCCAAGGGAAAGCGUUCGUCUCUUCUUCCAUCUUCACCUGAUCAUUUUGCUCCUUCCUCUCCACUAGGAGCUGUAAAAAAAAUCCCUGGAAGGUAUUUUUUAAAGCCAGGGGCGGAAUUGAAAAGCUUCAAGAAACCUCAGACUGAAAGUGGAAGUUUGCCUGAAGAAAAUCAUAACCAAGCACCUUCCCAUAAAGAGUUUUACAACCAGACAUCAGCUCCACAGGGAUGUUUUGAAGAGAAAACUCCAAAUGACGAUUUGAAAGAAACAAUACAAUUAAAAUCCAAAGUGGAUGGAGAAUCAAACCCAUUGGAAAAAAUUGAAUUGCGACAUGCUUCACUUAAUAUAUUUGGUGACAAAAAAGAUUCUGAUUAUAGUGAAGGGAGGGCAGGAAGCUCCAGUGAUAGUGAUAGUGAUAAUGAUAGUGACAGUGAAAGUGACAGUAGUGACAGUGAAAGCUAUAGUAGGAGCAGAGGUAGAAGUCCCACUGGAUCAGGAAGUGGGAGUAGCAGUGACAGUGAAAGUGACACAUCUUCCAGCAGCAAGGAGGGAUUGGAGGGUUCUGAUGAGGAUGUAAAUAUUAUGAGUGAUGAUGAAAAAGAGCCAAAGCACAAAGGGGAAACCUGUGAUCAAAGGAUUUCCUUACCCAUUCCAGUAACAUCUUCUGAUGGAAGAUUUAUGCAGAAUGAGGCUGAUGAGAAGCAGGAUGGUAAUGAAUCUGAUGCAGUUGAUAUUGGAAAAGACUCACCCGAGGAACCGGAAGCUAGAAUGGUGCUAACUACAGAUAAUGUUUUUGAUAACGUUGGAAAAUAUGCAGAAGAGACAGAACCUUUUUCAUUCGAGUAUCAACAGCUCCAGGAGCGCAGACAUUAUUUAGGGAGUUUGAUUGAUGAAAAGCAAGGUAAAUUCAAAGAUAGCUCUAAGAACAAACAGUCUGACAGCCCUUAUAGGCUAUCUAAAGGUAAACAUAAGAGGGGUUCCGAAUUGAACAACAUUGACGAGAAUUCUGAAGGUACAAAGAGGCUGAAUGCAGGAAACUUGACCCAUGACUCAAAUUCUCUGGCUACAGAUGUGAAAAUGUUGGGGAACUCUAGAGCUGACAGACAAGGAAACUCCAAUCUUGGUAACCAGAAAGGAUACAAUCGAACAUUGCCAGGAAAAUCUAUUCUAGAUUUACCACAAACAGUUCAAAGGGCUUUUGACCAAAGCCCUCAAGGAAACACUUCCUAUCCAUUGGAAAAAUCAGACAAACUUGGUGAAAGCACGAGGCACAGCAGAAAACACUCAGGAAAGGACUUCCAUGCAGAAGUUUCUCAUGUGCAGGAAAAUAGAGCAAACACUUCAGAGGACAUGAAUUCAACUAUUACUAAAGUAAAACCUUCUUUGAGAAACACAAAUAAAAAGAUUGUAGAUUAUCCUUUUAAAGACUCAAUAAAGUCUCUUUCUAGAGUUAUUCAAACUCAUUCGCAACAUUUGAGUGGAGAGAAUGCGGACAUUGGAUCUCAAAACAACCUGACAGAAUCGAAUACCAAAUUCAGAAAUAAUGAAUCCGGGGUGAGCCAUGAUAAUAAAUUGGAUGGUCGCAGUGAAAGCAAUAGAAGAGUGUCCGCAAAUGGAUCAAAGCAAGACACACAAAGCGGAAUGAUUUCCUACCCUGUGAAAGAGAGUAAAAGACAAACAGCUAAUUCAUGUGAAGAGGUUGCUGAUGGAAGAAAGGAUUCAGUAUUUGCAGAUAGAAAUAAUACUGACCAAAAAAAGAGAGAAUCUUCCUCAUAUGAAAGUAGUUGCUCUUAUUUAAAGUAUGAAAAAGAGGAACCUGAAUUAAAGGGACCUAUAACGUCCAUCUCCCAAUACAAAGAAUACGUGCUGGAGUACCAUGAAAAAUAUGAGAGUUACGUCUCCUUGAACAAGAUUUUGCAGAAUUACAGUAACGAGUUUCAGAAACUAGCUGAUGAUUUAGAACUUGCUAAAAGCAAGGGGGAUAUGGACAGAUAUCACCACAUUGUGGAACAAAUUAAUGAGUCCUUUGGGCGAUGCGGAUUGAGACACCGGAGACUGAAGAAAAUAUUUGUUGUGCUUCAUGAAGAACUGGCGGAUAUUAAACAAAAGACAUUAAAGAUGUGUGUCCCAUUGUUAAUACACUCAAUGUCGGGCUGA